UCUAUCUCCGCGACGCUCGCAAAGUUCUGGCGCAUCCGUCUCAAGACUUUUCUCGGAGCCUCUAUCGUGUUUGCAUUGCGCACCAGCACUGCAGUGAAACAUGUUGCGCUCUGCGGUACGGGUAUCGGAUGCGCUGCCGCGCGCAGCGCUCCGCACAGCACUCUCCGAUACCGCAGAGCGCAGCAUGUUUCACUGCAGUGCUGGUGCGCAAUGCAAAGACAACAGAGGCUCCGAGCACAGUUGCGCGUGUGUCGCCCUCCCCGCUGUCAAGGUUUUUGCCGCGCAGGUCACCCGGAUGAUGUCCACCGCAGUGACCAGUCUCAACAUUCCGGCUCGCUCUCGCUCACUGGAGACGAUGGCGGACGCCGAGGAGAUCUUCAAGGUUGUUCGUGCGGCUCCGGCCGACCUCCACCUGCCUCUGUUCGAGCAGUUUUGGAAGCUGCAGGCGCAGGUCGCGGCCGCGGGCAAGGAGGUCACGGCCAUGGCCAAGGAGGUCACGGCCAUGGCCAAGGAGAAGGCCGCCAAAGCUGACGAGGUGACGGCCAUGGCCAAGGAGAAGGCCGCCAAAGCUGACGAGGUGACGGCUAUGGCCAAGGAACUGGCAAAGACCAGAGAACAGCUCGUGGCCGCGCUCUAUGCCUCGGGCGUCGUCAACGCCCGCUCCUUCCUGGAGCACGUGGUCAGUAUGUGGAGGAUGGAGCAGCCCGGCGGCUCGGAGAAGAAGCGCGUGGAGGUCAUCAAGGACGGGCUGAAGGAGCGCCCGGACCUGGUGGCGUGCCUGCUGCGGGGCGUGCCCAGCUGGACGCACGCCAACACGAAGGAGGAGAAGAAGGUGGAGAGCAUGGCCGAGAACCUGGAGGCCAUCUUCAAAUACACCAGCAACGACAUACACUUAUUCAACCCGGCGAAGGGACUCAUCCUGCGCAGGGACGCGCAUAACGGCCCCAUACUGGCGGCCCUGGCCUGCGUUGCGCAGAGCAUGGCCGUGCCGUGCCACAUCGAGGACGAGAAGGAGGACACCAGCAUCGAGACGAAGGACAACAACGCCCCCUCCGCGUGAGAGGCUUGUGGCGCAACUGUGCGACCCUGGCGAUGCUGGGCACUCGGGUGUGCCGCUGCGUCGUUGGCAUCACGAAGCAGGCAAGUAGAUCUUGCCUUGACCACAGCACCCACAGCGGCGGAUAUUAUAAUGGUUGGCGUUGCUGGAUUUAGAUGUGCCAGGAGUGUACCAGCGAGUGGGGCAAGACAGCGCUGCAAGUGGGCAGGAGUGGAAGGUGGAUGCGAUCUGGAGGGGGGGUGGGGAUGGCAGGCAAACGGCCGCUGACUGCCGCAUGCAUGAUGUCAGGUGGUUGCCAGCAGGCCUAGUUGCUGUGGAUACGGCAGCAGUUGCGGCAGCAGGAAGACGGCCAAAGAGGGCCGCAGCUGAUGGGAAUUGCAAUUGAAUCAAUGGUCGGGUUCAUAACGUUAAUUGAACACUGACGCCUCACAGCAUGUUUUUUUAUGCAUUGGCCAGGACUGCACAGUGUGGACGUACACGUCCGGAGGCGGCAGCACUUGUGGGGGCGGUGCGGGUAAUGCGCUCAGCCAUUGCUGGCCGCACGUGGCUGCACCGAGUGUGCUCUUGAAUGCCCCGAGCUCAAUGGUAAUGUUGGAGAGUCUGCAGGAGUAUGCGUUCAUUCCAGUCAUACAAGUGUUUUCUCGUGGUGUGGCUUUGGGAGCUGCGCCGCUGCCAAGCUGUGUAUGUAACGUAGUUCUUUCAUGUGCUUGUGGCGCCCUAAAGCAAAAACGUAAUCAUGGCAUUGCGAUAUAAGUGUGCGACUGACAUUUGAAUAGGAAACAAUGAAAUGCGUGUGGGUUUCGCGUCUGUCACGGGCCUGCACACGAUGGAUGGGUCGGUGGCCAUCGGUCACGGAGUGCGGAGCUGUCCGUUAAGUCGGUUGAUGACCUCAGAGACAGGGGCAGUUGAGGUUGGACGCGUAGGCAUGGCACGGGCCAGAGGCGGAGGAGUGGUAGAGGACCUGCCCGGGCCCCGGCUGGGCCCCAAGUUGUGUGGUGCGCCGCCGUCCAAAGGCGGCCACGUUGCUCAGUGAAGGCGCAGUGGACGCGUGUUGGACCCAGGAACGCGGCCACGUAGCUAGGUAUGGCGUUGCGACGUGUGUUGAGCCAGGAAGGGUGCCACGUAGCCUGUGUCGUACGGGCACCCCAUGCAGUAGUAUUUAGGCUGUAGCGGAGCCGUGCUAGGCCAUUCCGUGCCCUACAGGGAGAGACCCUGCCCAAAGACGGCCUUCGGUAAACAAGACUCAAGACUCCCCCAUUCAAGUCCUUGUAACGGACAAGUUGC